AUGGCGCGACCGAUUGAAUCCGUGAUGGACAUUAACGAUUCUAAAGAUUUGUGGAAGAUUGUUGUUCGUUGUAGACAUUUCUGGACUGUGAGAAGUUCGUCAAGCAAAGAACACCUUGAACUAAUUUUGGUUGCUUCUAAGCUGGAUAUGAUACAAGCAAUUGUACCAUCCCAUCUGGUGUCGAAAUAUGUGGGCGAUCUUGCCGUAGGAGCUUCAUAUAUCAUGCAGAACUUUAAAGUCUCAAACAACGAUUUCUCCUUUAAGUCUACUACUCAUGGAUACAAGUUGGUAUUUUGUGGUUCAACUUAUGUUAAAAAAACGGAGCUCCCGGAGAUUCCUAUAGAUUAUUUCAACAUUCUUGGUUUGUCGUCCAUUGCUGAUGGAAAAUUCCAGCCUAAUGUAUUGAACCAUGGGGAAGAUGUGAACAUUGUUGUUCUAUUACAAAAUGCAAGGAUAAAGGUUGCGCAAGGUUUUCCUUUAAAUGUAUCCAAUGCUUGGAGUGGCACAAAGCUGAUCAUUAAUGAUAUUAGUAAUGUUGAAAUUAAGAAGCUGAAGGAUAGCCUAAAUGCUGAACUGCCAAAGCUUUCUUCAUCAAGUUUGCAAGUUGAAACAACUCAAACCUCACAGUAUUCCGAUUUUGAUAAAUUUAUAUGGAAGGCCGAAGUCAUUAGUUUGGCUGAGAUCGCGAUGCUUAAACAAGAAACAACAUGUGUCACCAUAGCGAAGUUGGAGAAGUUUGAAGUUGGUAAUUCCGGUUGGUAUUACGAUGGUUGUGCCGAAUGUACCAAGAGCGUCGUUGUAAAAGAUGGCAAACUUAAGUGCUAUGCAAAUCACAUAAGUUCUGAACCCGUGCCAAGGUACAAGCUUGAAGUGUUGGGAGUUGAUGGUAAAUUCAAGUCCCGUUUCGUCUUUUGGGAUAGUGACUGUUUCAAGUUAAUUGGAAAAUCUGCUCUACAGAUGAAAAAUGAAUUAGUGGAGGCCGGUGAAGACAAUCCGUUAGAAUUCCCUUUUGGUCUUGAUGCUAUGUUGAAGAAGGAGUUGGCAAUUAGAGUUGUUUUUCAACCGAAAUUUAAUCGUCUUUCGGUUAUUAGCUUUAAAGACGAUGAAGAUUCACGUAAGAAAGUUAAGGACACCUUCAAGUCUCAUGAGGUAUGUAUUAACAUAUUAUUGGCAAAUGUUUCAAUCUCAUUGAUUUGUAUCUUAAUUCUGAUUUGA